GCUCGCAUCAUCGCUGUCAACUGUACCAAACAGCAGGAACGUAAACACGUCGUAGAAAAAGCGACGACAUCGCACCGAUCGAGAGAAUUCCCUGUUCGCUCGUCGCCAUCGCCAGUCGCAAUCCCUUUGUUCUCCGCUCGUUAGUGCCGCGGGCAUUUUGUGUGUGCGUGUGUGUCUAAUUUAAAGUGUAAUAUACAAAACCCUCCUUAAUAUACUAAAAUGAUUCGCAUCGGGCAGUUGGUAGUGCGAAACGCACCUAAGGUUAAGGGCAUCGAGAUCAAAAGAUGCCUUUCCGCUGCCCCCCAGGCCAAACAGGCCGAAGCUCCACAGGCUGCCCCAUCGGAGGCCGAAAAGCGGCCCAACAUGUCCUUCCUGACGAACAUCUUCCGGGGCCACGUGGAACCGGCCCAAGUCUUUCCCUACCCGGAAGCGCUGGACGCCGAGCAGAAGGAGUACAUUGCGUCGUUUGUGGACCCCGUAACCAAGUUCUUCGAGGAGGUGAACGAUCCAGUAAAGAACGAUGUAAAUGCUGCGAUCGACGAAAAAACGACCGAAGCGCUGUGGGAGCUGGGCGCGUUCUCGCUGAUGGUACCGCCGGAAUACGGUGGACUUGGGCUAAACAACACACAGUACUCCCGCAUGUGUGACAUUAUCGGUGGCCAGGAUCUGGGUCUGGGCAUUUUCAUCGGCGCUCAUCAGAGUAUUGGCUUUAAGGGUAUUAUGCUGUACGGCGAUGAGCGACAGAAGCAAAAGUAUCUGCCGAUGGUAUCAACGGGCAAAGUGUAUGCCGCCUUUGCGCUCACCGAACCAAGCUCCGGAUCGGAUGCCGGUUCGAUCCGCUGCCGAGCGGUCAAGUCCGCCGACGGUAAACACUACGUGCUGAAUGGUUCGAAAAUCUGGAUCUCGAACGGUGGCAUUGCGGACAUUAUGACGGUGUUUGCGCAGACCGAGCUGGAGGAUCCAAAGACGGGCCAGAAGAAGGAUAAGGUGACGGCGUUCAUUGUGGAGCGUGGAUUCGGGGGCGUUAGCAAUGGUCCGCCCGAAAACAAGAUGGGCAUCAAGUGCUCGAACACGGCCGAAGUGUACUUUGAGGAUGUAAAGAUCCCGAUUGAGAAUGUGCUCGGCGGAGAGGGCAACGGGUUUAAGGUUGCGAUGAACAUCCUGAACAAUGGACGGUUCGGUAUGGCGGCCACGCUGUCCGGUACGAUGCGUGCCUGCAUCCAGAAGGCGGCCGAACAUGCGACGAACCGUGUCCAGUUCGGGCGUAAGAUUGAAACGUUCGGCGGGGUGCAGGAGAAGCUGGCCCGCAUGGCGAUGCACCAUUACGCUACCCAGUCGAUGGCGUACAUGAUCUCGGGCAACAUGGACACGGGCUCGCUCGAUUACCAUCUGGAGGCGGCCAUCUCGAAGGUGUUUGCGUCCGAGUCGGCCUGGUACGUGUGUGAUGAGGCGAUCCAGAUUCUGGGCGGUAUGGGCUUCAUGAAGGACUGUGGGCUGGAGCGCGUGAUGCGUGAUCUGCGUAUCUUCCGCAUCUUCGAGGGCACGAACGAUAUUCUGCGCCUGUUUGUGGCGCUUACCGGCAUCCAGUACGCCGGAUCGCAUCUGAAGGAGCUGCAGCGUGCGUUCAAGAAUCCGGCCACCAACAUGGGUUUGAUCUUUAAGGAAGGAUCGCGGCGCGCAAUCCGUAGCAUCGGGUACGGUGGUACGGAUCUGAGCACGUACGUUGCGGACCCGUUGAAACAGUCCGCGAAACAGUGCUCCGAGUGUAUCGAUCUGUUCGGGCAGACGGUGGAAUCGUUGCUGAUCAAGUACGGCAAGAAGAUCGUCGACGAGCAGUUCCUGUUGAACCGGUUGGCCGAUGCGGCGAUCGAUACGUACGCUAUGGCGGUGGUGCUGUCCCGUGCAAGUCGAUCGGUGCGAAAGGAUCUGCCCUCGGCCGAACAUGAAGUGCUGAUGACGAAAGCCUGGUGUCACGAGGCCAGCGAUCGUGUGCGUGUGAACAUUCGCAAAAUUAACACCGAUUCGUUCGUGAAAAACUACGGCGUGAUGUCGCAGAUCUCGAAGAACAUCUGUGCCAACAACGGAAUCGCACACAACAACCCGCUCGACAUCGAGUAAGGCCCGGUCUCGCAAUAGCCCGCGGUCCACGGUAACGGAACCGACACGACACGAUGAAAACCCACCCGCCUACAAGAAGAUUCCAAACAUUUCGCCCGUGAAAGUUUCUUAAAGUGAAUCGUGAUUUGGCGCUAUGGGUGACAACCAAACGAACAAUUUAAUGGUGCGCUGUCCAUCUCUGCUACGGUAUGGGGUUUUCGAGCGUAGAAUCAAAUCAGAACGCAUUGAUGAGACACGCGAGCAGGGGAAGAUUGUGCUAGAUGUAAUAGUUUAAUUUUUCUUCCUUA